CCGCUGAAAAAUUCGCUCCGCUUCGUUGUCUGUCUACAAAUCUCUAUCUUGAGCAAUCCUGUGAAAUUGUGAUUUUUUUUAUUUUUUUAAUAAAAUAAUUGAAAGAGUAUAACAACUUGUUGCAAGUUGCAUAAAAAUACUAUUUGCAAAGAUAUGGUAAACUAACAAUAAAGGCAGCGAAACAAAUAAAUAAAUGAAGGAAAAAAAUUGUUUUUGUCAUCAACUCAGACACGUAUUAAACGACGUUCGUUGUAUUUUGUAAUGUCAACGCCAUCACCAAAUGAUGGAAAUUCUUCGGAAGAAUUUUAUAGGGGUGGAAUUAAUCCAAAUAUACCACAGCCGCCACAGAUUCCGCAGUAUGUAAGCGGGUUGGGUAUACCACAAACGUCUGUUGCUGCCGGACAACAUCAGGCUCAGCCACCACCACCGCCGCCGCCACAGUUUGUGCAUUGGCCAAAUCCGUUGAUUGGUGGUACUCCCUUUAUGCAACAGCAUCAUCCUCCACAGCAGCUCUUUAAUGAUGUACUAUUCAACAUACAAGCCCAAGCUGCUUAUGCUGCAUCGGUUCCCCAAACGCCAGCUCCUCAACAGGAAACAUAUUCAGUUUUGAGGGUGGGUAAUGGUAAUUUCUUGAAAAUUUAUCACUGCCCCGAAAAUGCAAUGGGUCCUUUGCCUGGAGAAACUUCAUUUGCCCCCCUACACCAUCCACCACCAUUUAAUCCACAACAAACCCAACAAGCGGCGGCCUAUCAUCAUAUACAACAACAACCAACCAGCGUCCAGCCAACACCACAGCAGCAACAUUCGCAGGGGCAGCAACAGACGCCAUCACAUUUAGCACCUAACUCUAAUACUGGCACUAAUGCACCACAGAUUUAUAACAGCUAUGAACUAUUUUCAAGUAAUACAUUCACACAAUUGCCAACUGCAGAAAUGCCACCUGUGCUGGUGCUCGGUACAAGCAACAAUAUUCGCGAUGAACAACCAAUAAAUGUAUCUGAAGAAUAUGUAGAAACUGAACUACAAGUUUCGCAGACAAUGUUGGAAGGAAAUAACACUGUGGACAAUGUCUCAAAUAAUUGGCUGGAAAAUUCAAUCGCACCUCCGCUUUACGAACAAUUUGAAAAUUCACAAACAAUUCAAUCUGAAACUGAAUAUCUUGCCCAUAUGGAAUUAGAACUUCCUAAAAAUGCAAACGUAAUCAAUACUGAGAACUCCGAUAAAAACGUAGAUGCUGCCAAUUACAUUGCCAUUCAACCACAACAGCAACAAAUUACACAGAUCAAUACUCCCAUAAAAGUACAAUCAUCUAAAGACAAACAUCAAAUUAUACAAUCUCCCCUGACUCACAAGUCAGAGAUACCACGACAAGAAGCUCCAAAAAAACGCAUAGUUGCUGAAGUGAAACCCAUGCGUAUGACCUAUUCCGAUGUUUUGAGUAAAAUCAAUAAUCAGACACAACAAAAUGCUUCUAACUAUGUUGCAAAUAAUCAGAAUAGUUCACUAAAUGCAUUAAUUCGAAAUCAGCAAAAAUCAUCUGGAAAAUCUUCGUCUUCAUCAUCGUCUUCGGCUGAUAAUAAUGGACGACGAAGUUUGGAAGAGUUCGCUUCUAAUCGUUCAUCUAAAAAAUCUCCAACUCAUGAUAAUAAAGAAAAUCAACAACACCUAACACCACAGCAACAGCAGCAACUAAAUAAAAAUAUGAACAAGAGAUCUUCUGCAAGUGUUGGAAAUACAAUGGUUGGAAAUGGAAACAAUAGUUCAAACUAUAAAAACCCGACAGUUACAUCAACUGUCCAAAAGAAUAUCAUAAAUAAUCUGAAGAGUAGUGUUAAUGAUUUGCAGCAGCAACAAACGCAGCCACAGACCCAGCAGCAACAACAACAGCCGCAGAAUCUGCAAAAGAAACGUGUUAACAAAAAUGUUGAUACACAAGUUAAUGGAGGAAAAAAUGGAAACGAUUCGCGAGGAUCUUCCAAAGGCAAUACAAAUAACAAUGCAACUGCUUCGGCUAAUGUAUAUAAUGGUACAAACAAUACAUAUGUCCGUAAGGCAGCAAAAUCUCCGAAUUCUUCGUCUUCUUAUGGUAGCACAUCGGGUAGCGGACAGCAGCGAUCACGUUAUCAAAAUAAUUCAAAUGCUUCUUACUCAUACUCAUCUACGAAACGCAAUCGAAACAAUAGUUCGUAUGGUACUUCAUCUACACCCUCAUACGGUGGUGGAUCUGGUAACAAUCGUAACUAUGAGUUGGCAAAACGUUUCCUCAAGGCUUGGUACUCUUAUACUUUGAAAAUAUUGAUAUGGCUAUUUAAUUUGGUAUAUGAUAUUGUUGUUGUUGGCUGUAGUAUACUGUACGAUCGUUUGGCAUCCGGUUAUGAGUAUUGCAAGACAUAUGGCCAACAAUUAUGGAAAGAUUUAAAACAGAAUUCGAAUAAACCCAGCAUUUGGUUUAAGAAUACAUGUCGACGUUUUGAUGCAAGAUUUUCGAAAACAAGCAAAUGGGCAUUUUGGCGAAGAUUUUAUAAAAAACGCCCGCCAGAUAUUUCAAGUGAAGCUACCAAAACUGGUCGUUUACCGCAGACCGGAGAAGAGGCAAUGUACCAACUAUUAAACUGUAAAGGAAAGGAUGCAUACAGUAUUUUGGGCGUUCCACGUAAUAGCUCACAAGAACAAAUACGUAAGCAUUACAAGAAAAUUGCUGUUCUGGUGCACCCCGACAAAAAUAAACAACCGGGCGCAGAGGAGGCAUUUAAAGUUUUGCAAAGGGCAUUCGAAUUAAUUGCGGAACCGGAAAAUCGUCUAUCCUAUGAUCAAAGUUUAGCGGAAGCAUUACAUGCUGAAAAAGCCUGGACAGAACUGCACGACUUGCUAUCACAGUUACAAACUAAAAUCACCGAAGCUGCUAAUACAAUAAGAUGUAGUACAUGUGGCCUACGCCAUCCUAGGAAAAUAACCGAUCGGCCCCAUUAUGCUGCUCGUGAAUGUGCAUCAUGCAAAAUACGACACUCGGCAAGAGAGGGAGACAUAUGGGCUGAAACAAGUAUGCUUGGAUUACGUUGGAAAUAUUUGGCAUUGAUGGAGGGUAAAGUUUAUGACAUUACCGAAUGGGCCAACUGUCAAAAAGGGGCCUUGGCUCAUUUGGAACCAAAUUCGCAUAUGGUACAAUAUCGUAUUGUUCGUGGAGCUCAACAGCAACAACAUCAGCAGCAGCAACAACAAAAACAACAAUCACAUCACCAACAACAACAGCAUCAACAAAAUGCUGGAUCUCAUUAUGCCGGCGGUGGACCAGCAGGUGGUAAAUUUAAACGUGAUAACAUACCAACAACUGAGGCAUCUUUGCAUGAGUUCCUCGACAACUUGUACAGUGGUCAACAUCCCCAGCAACAGAAUUCCUCUGCAUAUGCGGGUUCCGGCCGUCGGCGAAAUCGCCGUUAGUUUGAGUAGUUUUUUUUUUAUUUUAUUUUUAAGUUCCUCUCUACUCUUUCCAUUUUCUCAAUUUAUCUGUUAAUUAUUUCACCACAAAAUUAUACUCUGUUAGAAUUCCCUAUUAUUUUUUUUUUGCCAUUUAUUAUAGUACACACAUUAUGUAUUCCAAUUAAUUUGUUUUAUAAUGUACACAUCACCCGACCCCUUCUAUCGAAUUUCUUUGUUUAUUUUGUUAGUGUAUUUUUAUAUUUUCAGUAAAGAUAUGUUUUUAAGUUUUCUCUUUUUUUACUAUAUAUUAGUAAUUUUACCAAAUAACAUACAUGCAACUUUCGUUAAGAAAGCAAAAAAAAAAAAAAAAAAACUUAAAAAAAAGUAUAUUUAAACUCAAAUAUUAUUAAUGUAUUACAUUUAAAUGUAGUGUUAAUUACUCAUAAAUAUAACACUUCGCAAAUGUCGAACAUAAAAUUGGCAUUGAAUUUCAUUUUGAUUGUAAAGAGAAGAAACAUAAUGAAUGGAAAAUACUCCGUAUCCACAGUAUCGAGGUGACUUACUUGUA